CCUUAUGUUUUCCUGUCAGUGAGACCUCAGGUGGCAGUAGUGUGCCAAAUCUCCGCCCUAGCUAUCUUAACCUAUUUAAGUUUUGUUUAUGGUCCACCCUCCCCGCCCUUGCUUGGUCGCUGGCCUUUGGACUUCCUUAGUUGUUUUAAUCAUGCUUUAUUCAGGCUAAUCUUUCCUUCCUCCAUUCCAUACAGCCACAAGAGAAUACCUACCACAGGAAGGUAGCGCUACGUGGGAGUUUUCUUCUGAAGAUCAACUUC